AUGGAUGUAGAACAUUUGAUUUUCGGAGGAUUGAAAGCGGAACCGAUAAUAAUAUCGACGCUCUCGACGCUCGUGACUGUUCUGCUAUACAUUAAAUAUUGGUUUGAUAGUUACGCUGUGACGAAUAUUCCUUCGAAUUCAUUGCUACCAUCUUACGACUUUAUAAUAAUCGGUAGCGGUUCUGCAGGUAUGUUACACUAUUUAUUUAAACUAAUUUUCAAAAAAAGAUCGACAGUUCGAUAAUUCCUCGUCAUUUAUUCAUUGAUACAAAAUUUCUUAUAGUAAUUUUUCACAAUAAAGACAACGGCCUUUAAAGUAAGUUAUGUGUGUAAAGAAUCAUGUAUUACCGACUGAUAAUAAUUAUUCAAUUAUCUACGUCUUGAAUAUCUAUUCAAACGAUGAAUAUCUGUUUCUAUUAACUUCUGCAUUUAUCUUCUAAGUUGACUACGUAUAAGAGAAUUUAUAUUCUAAUAAUUAAUCUAAUAAUCUAUAUUGAAAUUGUAGAGUAAAAUCUCAAUUAUCGGGAUACUAAAUAUUCGAACGUUCUAUCAUCGGAAUAUUUUAAUAUUCGACUAAUACACUUUGUACUUUUUGCGUAUGUGAAAGCCACAGAGUAUUUAGUUUCUUUUACGAAAAUCAUCAAAACACCACAAAAAUUUUCAAAAUAUCUUAGUGCUAUUAGCAGACUAGCAGACUAUGGGUUUCAGAAAUUUGAAGGUGCAAUGCACGUAAUAGGCAGAAAUAUAUAAAAUAAUUCAAGUGGAAUUCAACCGAUGAGAAGCAAUGUCUCAACACUGACAGAAUUAAUAUUCUCAACAUUUUAUUUACGUCUAAAAUAAAAAAUAGGAAAAACCGUCAUUUAGAAAUCUCAUUCACCUUGCGAAUUUGUUCCAAUAUAAUUUCUGUCCACUUGUUCGUCGAAUUAUAAAUUCAAUCUUCUUUACAUUAAAUUCACGCGAUUUCUAACAAAUUUAUUCCCCCUGAAUCUUGUUUAUAAUUCUCGUUGUCAAGUGCUAUUCGCCCAGCAAAUUUGUUCAUUCGUACCAAUCUGAUGCAUUGAAAUAAUUAACGUUACGCAGGAUCUGUGCUAGCGAAUCGCUUGUCCGAGAUAAAUGACUGGAACGUUCUCCUCCUGGAAGCAGGUGGCGAUGGA